CUAACCUAAUUUGUUGCAAAUUUUAAAUAUAUUUUAAUGUAUUUUGAGUUUACUCCCUAUCAUUUAUCCUCUUUUCAAAUCUUUAUAGUUUUUCCACUGAUUAAUUUUUCUUUCCAUGAACUACAGCAUUAUUUGUCUCCAGCUUUAGGAUAUUGCUGAAAUUUGCCUUAUUUAGGAAAGGUCUCUUACAUAACAUUAUCUACCUGAAGAGUAAGUGAAAAGCAUACUUUUGAAACAAUUAAAAAAAUUUUCUUUUUUACAUGCCCCUGCAAAUAAUCAAGAGAAGCCCCCUCAACUGAAGAUUCAUCCCAUGGAAUCAUCCAGCAACUCUUCUGCCACUCCAGUCUCUGAAUUCCUCCUCAUUUGCUUCCCUAACUACCAGGGUUGGCAGCACUGGCUGUCCCUCCCCCUCAGCCUCCUCUUCCUUGUGGCCAUGGGGGCCAAUGCCACACUCCUGAUCACCAUCUGUCUGGAAGCUACUCUGCACCAGCCCAUGUACUACCUGCUUAGCCUCCUCUCCCUGCUGGACAUCGUGCUCUGCCUCACUGUCAUCCCUAGGGUCCUGGCCAUCUUCUGGUUUGACCUCAGGUCUAUCAGCUUCUCUGCCUGCUUCCUCCAGAUGUUCAUCAUGAACAGUUUCUUCCCCAUGGAGUCUUGCACAUUUAUGGUCAUGGCUUACGAUCGCUAUGUGGCCAUCUGCCACCCACUGAGAUACCCAUCCAUCAUCACUGACCAAUUUGUGGCCAAGGCUACUGUCUUCAUUGUGGCACGAAAUGCUGUCCUUGCUGCACCUAUUCCUAUCUUCAUUGCCCGACUCCAUUAUUGUGGGAAAAAUGUCAUUGAGAACUGCAUCUGUGCCAACCUGUCUGUGUCCAGGCUUUCCUGUGACAAUUUCACCCUUAACAGAAUGUAUCAAUUUGUGGCUGGCUGGACCCUUCUGGGCUCUGACUUCAUCCUUAUAUUCCUGUCUUACACCCCCAUUCUAAAAGCUGUCCUAAGAUUCAAGACUGAGGGGGCUGCAGUCAAGGCUCUGAGCACGUGCGGCUCCCAUUUCAUUCUCAUCCUGUUCUUCAGCACCAUCCUGCUGGUUGUGGUGCUCACAAAUGUGGCCAGAAAGAGGAUUCCCAUGGACAUCCUUAUCCUGCUCAAUGUCCUUCAUCAUCUCAUUCCACCUGCCUUGAAUCCUAUUGUGUAUGGGAUUCGGGCCAAAGAGAUAAAGCAAGGAAUUCAGAAAUUGCUGCAGAGAGGGAUGUGAAUAUGUGAAAUAGGUUGCUAAUUCUUCCUCUUUCCUCCUCAGUGAUUUUUGCCUAGGCUGUGAGGCAGAGAACAGCAUGGGGAGUGACCAUUUUUAAAUACACUGGGGCUCAGUUCAUAACCAACCCUGAUUCCUUUCUGUACUCUCUUUGCCUGGUUCAGGUGGAGGUAGGCAAGAGAAAGAAAUCCAUAUUUCUUGAGUAUCUGCAUUGAACCUACACAAUUAUAUACACGAUCAUAUUUAAGCAAGUUCUCAGAACAUCCCUGCAGGCAUUAUUACUCUAGUAUGUAUACAUACUAGAAAACUGAUGCUUUUAAUUAGAGGGGGGAAACUGCCAAAGAUCACAUAGCUGGGAAACAAUAGAGUAGAAAUUAAAAUCUAGACUCUAGAGCCUAAGUUCUUUCUACCCACAGAAAUACCAGUUUGAGUACUAUUGAAGCUGGAGACCAGACCUCUAUCCCACUCUCCUUUGGCCUGUGUUUUAUCCUUGGUAUCCAUACGUAUCUCCUUCUUGUAUCUUUUUCCUUG